AUGGCGACGGCUCCGCCAGCAGGCAAGGCGGCCUCUGCCAGCAACCACGCCGCGGAGGAUUCCCAAACGGCAGCAGACUUUUUACGCCAUCAAGAGCUGCUCGAGGCCGACGCGCGCGAAGCCUUGCCCUACAGCAUCGAAUCAUGCACCAAGAUCCUCGGACCGCUGCGGCAGCAAGUCUAUUCUUGCCUGACGUGCAAUCCGCCUCCGACAGACGACGCCCCGGACUGGAAGCCGGCAGGCCUGUGCUAUGCUUGCUCGGUCCAGUGCCACGGCCAGCACCGCCUUGUCGAGAUCUUUCAGAAGCGCAACUUUACCUGCGACUGCGGAACCACGAGGAUCCCGAGGGAGUCUCCUUGCACUCUGCGCACCAACGGCGAAAACAACACCAGAGGCAACGUGCAUUCGGAAGAGCCCGACAUCAACAACAGGUACAACAAGAACUUCCGCAACGUCUUUUGCGGUUGCGACUGCGAUUACGAUCCACACAGUCAGAUAGGCACCAUGUACCAAUGCCUAGGGCUGGGCACCGUUGAACAAGGGGGCUGCGGCGAGGACUGGUACCAUCCCGGCUGCCUCGUCGGCUUGGGUCCGAAAUGGUAUGAAAAAAUGGGCAAUGCAAAGAAGCCAUCUACCAAGGGAGCAGGCGGGGCGAACGGUGACGGGUUGGCCACCAUCUCGGAGGGCAACGAAGACCAACUGGACGCCGUGGCAGGAGAAGCAGCAGCAGCAGCAGCAGCAGCAGCAGCAGCAGCAGCAGCAGCAGCAGCAGCAGCAGCAGCAGCUGAAGACGACGACGCCAACGACGACCCACCCAUGCCCUUCGGGUUUCCUGACGAGGAUGAUUUCCUCGGCUUCCUCUGCUACAAAUGCGUCGACGCCCAUCCUUGGAUCAAACGCUACGUCGGUACUCCUGGUUUCCUGCCGGCCGUGUUCCUCGACCCGUCCGGCAACGAGGCCGCGCGCGCAGCAAAGCCCGAGACACCCUCCACCCCCCCAGACGGCUGCAGCAAACGCAAGGCCGAGGAAGAUGCCCAACCCCCCACCAGCGUCAAGCGCGUCAAGGACGAAUCCGAACCGGCCGGCCUCGCAGCCACCGCCCCCAUCACCGACCAGCGAGCACCCAGCCGCCCAGAGGCCGCCCCCCCUCUCGGCUGCAAGCUGCCCCAGCUGCCCGCACCGCCCGCUGCUAGAUUCAGCCUCUUCUUCGGGCAAGCUUUCCGCGACCAGCUCUGCCGCUGCCCAGACUGCUACCGGCUUCUCCACACCCACCCGCAGCUCCUGGAAGAGGAAGACGUCUACGAGCCGCCCCUGUCUGAAGACGGCGCCUCCCAGCACGGCGGCUCUACCCACGGCAGCGGCAGCCUCCUCGAGCGCGGCGAGAGCGCUCUCCGGAACGUGGACCGCGUCAGGGCCAUCGAGGGCGCCAUGGCGUACAACCACCUCAAGGAGCAGCUGAAGCCGUUCUUCCAGCAGUUUGCCGAGAGCGGCAAGGUUGUCAGCGCAGAGGACAUCAAGUCUUACUUUGCCAAGCUGCGCGGCGACGAGCAUGGUAUUGAGCAGGCCGGACAGGCUGCUGCUGGUUCCAAAGAUGACAGCCAUGGCGACGGAAGACGGGAGCAAAGUGGCUAUUAA